GAUCCCCAGACACGCCUGGUGCCAUCAGACUCUCUAAGCAGAAAGGUGUUGGCACCUGGUCCCCAAGUGGAGCAUCCUCUAAUGUUGACCUUCUGACAUCCCUUGCUGCUCGCCCAGAAGAAGUGUCUCAGAGACGAGCAUCCUUCUAAACCGUGUGGCAGAUUUGGCAAGCGAAACAGCUUGGAGGCGUCUCCCUUCUGCCCUUGGGCGUGACUCCUCUCAGUGUGGGUGGGCGCUAUGCGGAUCACAGAUACUGGCCUUUGCCUCCUCUUCCUCCUCCUUUGGAUGGCCGCAGAUGCGACAGCAAGGCGGCCUUGCAUCCCGAAGUUCGUCGGCCCCGAUGCCAUGGUCUGCGUCUGUAAUGCAACUUACUGCGACACACUGGACCCCCUCGUCCUCCCACCGAAGGGCUCGUUUCUAAAGUACGUGAGCAGCAAGGUUGGCCAGCGCCUAGAGCGCAGUGAAGGGAAGUUCUGGCCCAACCGCAGAAGCUCAGGGCUCCUGUAUACAUACAACCCCUUUGUUCACUACCAGCAAAUUAAAGGUUUUGGUGGGUCCCACACAGAUGCCGCUGCAAUGAACAUCAUGCAGUUAUCUCCAGCGGCCCAAGAUCAACUGCUCCGGGCUUACUUCUCUGAAGAAGGGAUUGAGUACAACCUUUUGCGCUGGCCCAUUGCGUGUUCUGACUUCUCCACGCAUCCGUACACUUACGACGACGACUGCCUGUAUGACUACCAGCUAAAGUGUUUCAGCCUUGCACAGGAGGACCUCAAACUCCGAAUCCCUCUCCUUCACCGCAUCACGGCCUUAUCUAAGCGGCCCCUCUCCCUAAUUGCCAGCCCGUGGACUGCCCCCGCUUGGCUGAGGACCAAUAACGACGUGAUAGGCAAAGCAAAACUGAAGGGAGAAGCAGGAGACAGAUACCACAAAACGUGGGCCCUCUAUUUCAUCAGGUUCCUAGACGAAUAUGCCAGACACAACAUCACCUUCUGGGCCAUCACGGCUCAGAAUGAGCCAGUCUUUUCCGUCUGCAUCUCCCAGGAGAACUUUCCCACCACCAGAUUCUCCCCCGAAGAGCAGCGCGACUUCAUCAUCAAGGAUCUGGGCCCUGCGUUGGCUGCCAGCAGUCACAAAAAUGUCCGGCUCAUCACCCUCGACGACCUGCGGAUCAACCUGCCCAACUGGGCCAAAGUGGUCAUUGGAAACAGCACUGCUGCCCAGUAUGUGGCAGGUAUCGGAAUCCACUGGUACCUGGACUCUGUUGUCCCUUCGGGCCCGACUCUGGAGGCCACCCACUUCCUCUACCCCAAUUUCUUUAUUAUCUACACGGAAUCUUGUAACGGUUUCCGGUCUUGGGAGCCCAAAGUUGACCUGGGCAGUUGGGAAAGGGGUGUCCGAUACAGCCGGAACAUUGUGACGAACCUGAACAGCUACGUCACGGGUUGGAUCGACUGGAACUUGGCUCUGGAUAUGAAUGGGGGACCCAACUGGGUGGAAAACUUUGUGGACAGCCCAAUCAUCGUGAAUCCCCUAAAAGAUGAGUUCUACAAGCAGCCAAUGUUCUACCACUUAGCCCAUUUCAGUAAGUUUGUCCCAGAAGGUUCCAUCCGAGUAGACCUGACUUGCAAUAGCCUACUUGGCCAAUGUCAGUUGUCCAUUGUAGGUUUCCUACGCCCAGAUGGUGUCGCCGUGGUGGUUGCGCAUAAUGAGCAUUCCUGGGACGUGCCUUUCAGUAUCUCAGAUGACCAGAUUGGCUGCAUUGAAGCUGUCGCUCGAGCCGAAUCCAUCCAAACCUUCUUGUGGAAGAGGUUUUGUGCCUGAAUCAGAGGGAGAGUCCGUUGCACGUGCGGGAAAGGGAGGUACCAUCUCCCCAGGGCAGAGAGGGUGACCUGGAUGCAUGGAAACACCAUGCACAACCCCAGACUCAUGGAUAGAGCCUAAGUGCUGGGACAAAGUGGGCGUGUCUGGAAAGGAGACAAUCCUGGAGCCAGUAGAACAGAGUCAAGGAGGCGCCUACCCUACCCAGAGAUUCCUCCACACCAAAAAAAAGAGACACUCAUCAACCCUCUUCUCUUCCUCGCUAAGACUGUAAUCAAACCCUUAUUUA